UGAGCAUCUUUUCUUGACUUGGAAAGUGAUCUCCCGACGGCUUUACACAAGUUUGUCUACUUCAUCUUCCCCCUCCAAAAUGCCAUAUUCUCUCAAGGGACGCAAUGUCUUGGUCACGGGAGGGUCAAGAGGCUUGGGAGCUGUCAUCUGCGCGAAGUUUGCUGCUGAAGGUUCGAAUGUCAUGAUCAACUAUGUGAGCAGCAAGGACAAAGCAGAAGAAGUUGCCGGGAAAUGUGAGAAAGACUUCGGAGUCAAGGUCGCAAUCGUCCAAGGGGACGUUGGUGUGGCAGCCGAUUGCGUUCGGUUGGUGAAGGAGACUGUACAGCACCUCGGAGGGCUCGAUAUCAUUGUCAACAAUGCCGGGUGGACGAGAUUUGCCAAGUUUGACGAUUUGAACGACCUCAGUCAUGAAGAAUGGGACAAGUGCUGGCGCACAAAUGUCAUGUCUCAGUUGUGCUUGAUGCAGGAAGCGGUGCCAAUAUUCAACGCCAACACAGAAGGAGGAGUAUUCCUCGUUUGCUCCUCGAUUGCGGGAAUCAGUUGCGCUGGCAGCUCGCUCGGCUAUUCUGUAACGAAGGCUUCUGCACUCCAUCUCAUGAAGUGCAUGGCUUCUACACAGGGGCCGAAAAUAAGAAUCAAUGCGAUUCUGCCGGGUUUGCUGUUGACGGACUGGGUAAGCGGACCUCGACCUAUUGAGCCUGCUCCCGCUGAUGACCUUCCAAGGGUAUGAGAUACACUGCAGACCGAAUACAGCAAACGAUCGAGGCGGCCGCAUUGAAACAUGAGACUUAUCUGGACGAUUGUGCAGAUUCGUUCAUUUCGACCGCAAAGAACACCUCUAUCACAGGACAGCAGAUUGUAGUUGACGCUGGUGUGGUCAUCCGGUAGACCAUGAUGCCGAGUCAUGCGUCGGCUUUCCUUGUUGGUCACUAGAAUUUUCUUGCAGGGCCAAAUGGUGUGAGAAGACGUAGAGAUCGUACUCUCCCAUACGCGUCGGUUCCCCAAAGAAUCCUGCACGAGCAGCGGCAGCAGCCCCAGGUUUUCUUUCCAUAGAAGCGACUGUAACGUGAGGAAAUGCAAUCCGGCUGAUCCCUCCUUUUGAUGCUUGGACAUUAACCAUUAAUGGUCGGUCGCUUUCCACUGGAACCCCAUUUUUUGGCAAGAUCGCAUAAGGUACGCCCACUGGAAUAGGAUCGACAACAUGUUUCAUGUCCUCCGGGAUGUCAGACUCCAUCACGGACCACAUAUCUGUUGACAAUUUGAGACGCACCGCAUCUCCUGACAG